AACUGUUUAGGGUCAGCCAAUCAUUCAGGAACAAGAUUUCGUGGUGAUGAAGAACAAUAAUAACUAAGCAAGAUAAUUAGAGCAACGAGAUUUUCUCAGCAAUUUGCUCAGUAAAUUUUUAUGGCGCUCAAUCUGAUGAACUUGUCUUAAACUUCAUAGCACCUGUUUACUGUAUCGUUAAUCAUAAAAGGUAUAAAAGCCGAACAAUCGGUGAAGAAAGGCAGUCUCGCUUCAGUUCGCGAAUUGGAAGUAUCUCCUAAAGGCCUUAUCCCGGGGCCGCACUGCCCCGGGAUCCUGCAAGCCUCCACCUACAUGUGAAGUCUUCGGCGAAGCCUUCUUCAAGCGCGGAGCCGCACCACUCCGGAAUCCUACAAACCUCCAUCUACCUCGGAAGUCGUCGGCAGUCUACUUCAAGCGCGGGGGCCACACUACUCCGGGCGCUACGACUGCUUACUCCAGGCGCCGAGUGCACCUACCGCCGGCGCUACCUUUGGGCGCUGCAACUGCUGGCUCUAAGCGUUGAGCGCCCCUUCUCCAGGCGCUACGUGCGCCGGCUCCGGACGCUGCGUGUGCUGGCUCCAGGCGCUGCGCGCCGUCGCUGCUAAGAAACCUACCUCUACAAGCGCAACCGGCGUGUGCUGGCUUCAGGCGCUGCGUGCCGUCGCUGCUAAGAAACCUACCUCUACAAUCGCAACGUGUGUCGCUUCGACUUUUAGGCUCCACUACAACUCUAUAUUCCCCUAUUCUCCUACCUUUAUUUUUUUUUUCGUAAUCUAAUUGUACUCUCACUUCAUCCAUCAUCAUCCUCAUUUCAUUUUUUUUUAUAAAAUUGUAAAUACCUUUUAAAAAUUUAAAUAUAUUGUUUUCUGGCUCUACUUUUGUUGUUUUGUUGUACUUAGGUUAGGUUCUAUUUCUAUAUUUUUUUAAUUGUCGCUUCACGACAAACUAUUACGGCAAUUUACUGAUGAAAUAAAUAAUUAUCUAGAUAAUAAAAUGCAUGUUUUAGUAAUAUUUGUUGAUUUUAGUAAAGCAUUCGAUCUAUUGAAUUUUGACACAUUAUACAAUAAGCUAUCAUGCUGCGGCAUUCAAGGACCAUUCUUAGAACUUCUUAAAAGUUAUCAUCAUAAUCGUUAUACCACUGUCAAAAUAUGUAACCAGACAAGUGAUAUGUUCGUGACUGACCGGGGUACAGCACAGGGUUCGAUACUGGGCCCGACUGAGUACUUGCUAUUUGUAAAUGAUAUGGUUAAUGCAAUAACUAAGGGUUCUAUAUAUCAAUUUGCCGAUGACACCUGUAUCGUUAUUGCCGAUCGUAGUAUGGAUGUAGCACAAACUGAAAUGCAGGCAAGUUAUGACAUGCUAUGCAAGUGGGCACAUGAUGUCGGCCUAGUGGUUAACGCUCAAAAAACAAAACUUGUUCAUAUACACUCAUCUCACAACAAAAUUACCACUGCACCGACUAUCAUUUUCCAUGGCCAUGAAUGUCUCCACGGAAUGUUUCAACACUGUACUUGUCAACCCAUUGAAAAUGCCAAAAAUCACAUGUAUAUUGGUCUGAUUAUUGAUGAACGAUUUUGCUGGAGAGCGCAUAAAGAUCACGUGUGUGCAAAACUUCGCUCUGUGUUAAGUAAACUUUAUGUUUUAAAAUUUAAGCUACCAUAUAAUAUACUUAGAUUACUAUGGCUCUAGCAGAUUCUGUUAUAAAUUAUGGACUUAGCAGUUAUGGAAGAACUUAUGUAACGUACAUACAUGAAAUUUACACACUACAACGCAAAAUGCUUAGAUUGAUAGUACCUAAGCACAUUAAAAAUAAGUAUAUAGAUAAUGACCGGGGUCUUUUUAAUUAUUGAAAUAUCAUAAAUGUUUUCGAUAAAGUUAAAUUUAAUAUACUGACUGAAGUAAAUGAUUCAGAAUACCUAGUUCUUAGAAAACGACCUGUAAAUUUACGAAAUAUAGCUUAUAAAUCCAACAUGUAUGUACUUCCGAAAACUAAAAAUUUCUAUGGAGCAAGAAAGUUGGCGCAUCUUGUACCUACUUUUAUUAAUGCCUUGCCACUAGAAUUACAAAACACAUACGGUAAAUCAAAACUGUUUAAAAGUAAACUCAAAUCAUAUUUGAUAAAUCAAUCAUACUUAUUGUAGUAAGUACUUCAUACUGGAUUAUUGUGAUUUCAUAUUAAUACAUCUUUGUUUUUAUAAGACGACUCUCUAGUGUAGAUAAACCCCUAGUGGUUUAUAUGCUAGUAUUGUACUGGAUAAUGUAACAUAAUUAUGCUUAAUAAAUUAAAAAAAAAAUCUUAUUAUUAUAUAUAUAUUCCGGGUCGAUGGUACAAAUGGACGUGCCUCAAGGCUCAAUUCUCGGCCCCUUUCUAUUUCUUGUAUACAUUAAUGACUUACCUUACAUAGUAGGAGAUAACCAUGAUAUAGUAUUAUUUCCAGAUGACACUUCUUUAAUUUUCAAAUUAAGUCGACAAUUGCUAAAAUAUGACGAAGUAAAUAAUGCUAUAUCUAAAUUAGUAAAUUGGUUCAAUGUUAAUAAUUUUCAUUUAAAUGGCACUAAAACGAAAUGUAUAAAAUUAAUGACUCCAAAUGUCAAGCAAUUAAAUACUAAUGUAAUUUUAAAUGGGGAGAAACUGAGUCUUGUAGAUACCACCAUUUUUCUUGGAAUCAAACAACGCGAAGCUUCAAUGGAGCCCCCAUAUAUCAAAACUAGCAAGCAGACUUAGUUCUGCAGCAUAUGGCGUAAAAAAGAUUAGAAGUCUAACUAGUGUUGAAACAGCUAGACUAGUUUAUUUUAGCUAUUUCCAUAGCAUAAUGUCGUAUGGUAUUUUGCUAUGGGGAUACUGAAAUUAUAUUUGUUUUACAGAAGAGGGCCAUAAGAGCAAUUUAUGAUUUAAAUCCUAAAGAGUCGCUGCGACAAAAAUUUUAGGAAAUUAAUAUAUUAACUUUGGCCUCUCAAUACAUUUAUGAAUAUGUAAUGUACGUACACAAAAAUAAAAGUAGUUUUACAAAAACAAGUGAUAUUCAUUCUGUAAAUACUAGGAACAGACACAAGCUAGUAGUACCAGUUACUCGACUCCAUCGAGUCAGUAAUUCAUUCUUGGGGCGAUGUAUACGCUUUUACAACAAAAUUCCAGAAAUUAUACAAAUUUUGACCUGCUCAAAGUUCAAAAACUUUAUUAAACUAAGUUUGCAUAUAAAGGGUUAUUAUAAUAUUAAAGAAUUUAUAGAUGAUAAUAACCCCUGGGAAUGAGGUGAUCGCUACCAAGCUAUUUCUAAUUUGUGGUGUUGUUAAUUUAUGUAACAUACAUGAUUGUAAGCUGAUAUUUAAAAAAGAAGUCCCGCUGGGUUUAUUGCUGGUUCUUCCCAGGACAGAGGUAUUUUUUUCGAACCAGUGGUAACUAUACAAAAGAGUGACUUUCAAUAAGUAUUAUUUAUAAUCUAUAUUGAAUAAAAAAGUUUCUGUUUCUGUUUCUGUUUCUAUUUUAGAUUAUAUUUGUUUGUCAAUAGUAAGAGAUUAUAUUUUUAUUGUACCUGCUAAACUAAUUAUGAAAAUUAAUUGACAGAUAGAAAUAAUAGAAUAGGUAUUUUAUUCGAUACUAGCUGUUGCGCGCGACUUCGUCCGCAUGGAAUUUAUUACCAUUGGAUUUCACGGGUUUUAAUUUUUUCGCGCGGAACCCCUAAUCUAUUUCUAAAAUAAAAGUUACCUAGGUUUGUCCUUGUAGUAUCAGCUAUCUGGCAGUGAAAGUCCCGUCAAAAUCGGUUUCGCAGAUUAGCUGGAAUAAACAGACAGACAGACAGACAACAUUUUUAAAAUUGUUUUUGUUAUAAUUAUGCAUUUAGUUAAAAGCUGUUAUUGUGACACAAACAGACACUUCAAUUUUAUUUACUUGUAUAUAUAGUGAACUUACAAAGAUACCUUUUGUAAGUAAUUUAUGCCUUUACCACUGAUUAGGAAAAAAUCCCUGGCCUGGAAGGUUUAGGAAGGACAGAGUAUUUAUAAGCAAGAAAACUAGGGGAUUUAAAAAAAAUUAUAAUAACUGUUGUACGAUUAUAAAGAAAAUAUAAUUAUUAUCAAUUAUGAAUUCUUUAAAACUAUGAUACCUGCCUAAACUUGUUUGAAUACAUUUUGUUUAUAAAAGUUGUGAAAAAUAACCAUCUAAGACCCGAGUG